ACACACACACACACACUUCUGCGUAUUCUUCCAAAACCUUCACCAAUGUCUGCAGUUUUCCCACUCUCUCUUCUAACAAUCAAAUAUCAUCAACCACGAAUUCAAAACUCUUCAUCUUUAACGUUAUUACAAUCAUUCCCACUUCCAGAUUGUUCGUCAUUUACUUCGAUUCGAAAGAAGGCCUCCAUUAAUGGCUGCAAAUCGAUAACACGAGCUUCGAAUACCGCUACUUCACCUGUGACGAUCGAGAAAGAUGUAGCAGACGGUACUGUUUUCGUGAUUCGGGUUCAGGAUCAGAUGGGUUUGAUCCAAGGGAUUACUAGGGUUUUGAAAACCAUUGGGUUUAAAAUCGAGAGAACUACGGUAGAAUUUGAUGAAAUUGAAGAUUAUUUUGUGACAAUUAAGUUUCUAGUUACCGAUUUGCAUGGGAAUCAGAUUGACGAUAAUGAGAGUUUGAUGAGAAUUCAGAAUGUGUUGAUGGAAGCCAUUUAUGGCAGUGGAACUGUGGUGAGAAAAGCAGGGUAUUUUGGGGAAAAAGAAGAACAUAUGUUUGGAUUGAUGGAUGGGUUUUUGAAGAAUGAUCCAGUGAGUCUUCAGAAAGAUAUUCUUCAUCAUGUGGAAUAUACAGUAGCAAGAUCUAGAUUCAGUUUUGAUGAUUUUGAAGCUUAUCAGGCGUUGUCACAUAGUGUGAGGGAUAGAUUAAUUGAGCGCUGGCACGACACCCAACAACAUUUCAAAAAGAAAGAUCCUAAACGUUUAUACUUCCUCUCUCUUGAAUUUCUAAUGGGUCGUUCGUUGUCAAAUAGUGUUAAUAACCUCGGUAUUCGGGAUCAAUGUGCUGAAGCCUUAAACCAGCUCGGGUUUGAGUAUGAAGUUUUGGCCGAGCAGGAAGGAGAUACGGCCCUUGGCAAUGGUGGCUUAGCCCGCCUUUCUGCUUGCCAAAUGGAUUCUUUAGCAACUUUGGAUUAUCCAGCAUGGGGAUAUGGACUCCGGUACCAAUAUGGGCUAUUUCGGCAGAUAAUAUUGGAUGGCUACCAGCAUGAACAGCCUGAUUAUUGGUUGAACUUUGGAAAUCCAUGGGAAAUAGAGCGGGUCCAUGUAUCAUAUGCUGUGAAGUUUUAUGGGACCGUAAAAGAGGAGGUUGUGAACGGAGAGAAAUGUAAAGUUUGGAUUCCUGGAGAAACAGUUGAAGCUGUUGCUUAUGACAAUCCUAUACCUGGUUAUGGAACAAGAAACACAAUCAAUCUCCGUCUAUGGGCUGCUAAACCGAGUGAUGGAUAUGAUAUAGAGUCUUAUACUACCGGAGAUUAUAUCAAUGCUAUCGUAAAUAGACAAAAAGCAGAAAUAAUAAGCAAUGUCCUAUAUCCCGAUGACCGUUCUUAUCAGGGGAAGGAGCUACGACUAAAACAACAAUAUUUCUUUGUCUCCGCAUCAUUACAAGAUAUUAUUCGGAGGUUCAAAGAUGAUCAUGGAAACUUUGACAACUUCCCAGAAAAGGUUGCUUUGCAGUUGAAUGAUACCCAUCCAUCUAUUUCAAUAGCUGAGCUUAUGAGGGUGCUUCUUGAUGAAGAAAAAUUGGGUUGGAAAAGAGCAUGGGAUAUUGUACGCCAAGUCUUUUCUUUUACUACUCACACAGUACAACACGAGGCAUUGGAAAAGGUCCCUGUGGACCUAAUGGAGAGCGUUUUACCCCGCCAUCUACAAAUUAUAUAUGAUAUAAACUUUAAGUUCAUGGAGGAUUUGAAAAAGAAGAUAGGACAGGACUAUGCCCGCCUGUCUCGGAUGUCAAUUGUUGAAGAAGGUGCUGUCAAGAAUAUUAGAGUGGCGAAUUUGUCCAUUGUUUGUUCUCACACCAUUAACGGAGUCUCCAGAGCUCAUUCUGAAUUGCUAAAAACACGAGUAUUCACGGAUUUUUAUGAGCUAUGGCCUGAGAAAUUUCAGUACAAGACAAAUGGAGUAACUCAGCGUCGAUGGAUCGUAGUAAGCAAUCCUUCUCUAUGUGCUCUUAUCUCGAAGUGGCUUGGAACAGAUGCUUGGAUUCGUGAUGUUGACCUAUUAGCUCGUCUCAGAGAGUAUGCAUCGAAUUCUGACCUACAAAAAGAAUUGCAGAUGGUGAAGAAGGUCAAUAAAUUGAGGCUUGCUGAAUACAUUGAAACGAUGAGCGGAGUGAAGGUUAGUUUGGAUGCAAUGUUCGAUGUGCAGAUAAAGAGAAUUCAUGAAUAUAAACGACAAUUGUUGAAUAUAUUAGGUGUUAUUCAUCGAUAUGACUCCAUAAAGAAUAUGGAGAAAAGUGAAAGACGGAAAGUUGUACCUCGUGUUUGCAUAAUCGGAGGGAAAGCUCCUCCUGGUUACGAGAUUGCAAAGAAGGUCAUCAAGCUUUGCCACGCUGUUGCAGAAACAAUUAACAACGACAGUGAUGUAGGGGACCUCCUUAAACUGGUUUUCAUUCCCGAUUACAAUGUUUCUGUUGCGGAAUUAGUUAUUCCUGGAAGUGACCUUUCACAACACAUUAGCACCGCAGGACAUGAGGCAUCCGGGACCGGAAGCAUGAAAUUUCUAAUGAAUGGAUGUUUGUUGCUUGCCACAGCCGAUGGAUCCACGAAUGAAAUUAUUGAAGAAAUAGGUGCAGAAAACAUGUUUAUAUUCGGGGCAAAGAUCAAUGAAGUCCCAACAUUGCGUGAGAAAGGAUCUACCGUUAAAGCACCCCUUCAGUUUGCACGGGUUGUGAGGAUGGUGAGAGACGGGUAUUUUGGAUUCAAAGACUACUUCAAAUCAUUGUGCGACACCAUAGAGAAUGGCAAAGAUUUCUAUCUCGUGGGGGCAGAUUUCGCUAGCUAUCUAGAAGCUCAGGCUGCAGUGGAUAGAGCAUAUGUCGAUAAGGAGAAAUGGAGCAAGAUGAGCAUACUUUGUACUGCUGGCUCGGGAAGAUUUAGCAGCGAUCGAACAAUCGAAGAUUACGCAGAGAAAACCUGGGGGAUCGAGCCUUGUAAAUGCAACUCCUAAUUCUUCCUUUUGGUGUUGUAAUUGCAAAUCAUAUUGUUGUUCAAUAAAGUAGUUUUGAUCUCUGUA